GAUUACGAAGGCUUCGGUUACCGUGAAUGCUGUUCUGAAGUAUAGAUGUUGUCAAACAAGGUGCUGCGCAGUACGAAUUUCGACCGCUUUUCUGCGUGACUUUGGAUAAUAACGAGGACAUCUACGUUUCCGUUUCUACAGAGCGCAGAUUCAUUUGCGCACAAGGUCAGUUUACAUUGGGCACAGUCUUCAUGGACUUAAAACACAGUUAACUAACGGAGAGCGAGGACCAAGAACCACUGCAGCAGGAGGCGCAGGACAAUGUCCAGUAUUACAAGACGAGGCCAUGGGGGUCUUAACCAACUAGGCGGAAUGUUUGUAAACGGACGGCCUCUUCCGGAGAUGAUCCGGCAGCGCAUCGUGGACAUGGCGCACCAGGGCAUCCGGCCCUGCGACAUCUCCCGCCAGCUGAGGGUCAGCCACGGCUGCGUUAGCAAGAUCCUGGGCCGGUAUUAUGAGACGGGCAGUAUUAAGCCGGGAGUGAUUGGCGGCUCUAAGCCCAAGGUGGCCACGCCCAAGGUGGUGGAGAAGAUCGGGGAGUACAAGAGGCAGAACCCCACCAUGUUCGCCUGGGAGAUCAGGGACCGGCUGCUGGCUGAGGGCGUGUGUGACAGCGAUACCGUGCCCAGCGUCAGCUCCAUCAACAGGAUCAUCAGGACCAAAGUGCAGCAGCCAUUCAACCUCCCCCUGGACGGGAAGGGUCUAAGUCCCGGACACAUCCUCAUCCCCAGUUCAGCAGUGACCCCUCCUGAGUCCCCGCAGUCUGACUCUCUGGGCUCCACCUACUCCAUCAGCGGCCUGCUGGGGCUCCCCCAAGCUGGAGGGGAGAGCAAGAGGAGCCACGAUGACAGCGACCAGGAGAGCUGUCGGCACAGCAUCGACUCUCAGGGCAGCGGGGGCGGCCCCAGGAAGCAGCUCCGUCCGGAGCACUACCCCCCCCAGCACCUGGACUGCGGGUUCGAGCGCCCCCACUACCCGUCCGACGCCUUCGCCUCCCCCGGGAAGACCGAGCAGGCCCUGUAUUCUCUCUCGCUCAUCAACGGAAGCCUGGAAGAGGGGAAAGUGGGCCUCUCAGCAUCGAGCGCUGCCAUUGGCCGGAACCUGACCGCGCACCAGGGCUAUGCUGUAAUGGCUGACCCCCGAAAGCCCCUCCCGCUUUGUCUGAAACAGGAACUGUCCCCCGAGACGACUAGCUCCAGCCCCUCCCCAAACACGGCACCAAACCCCGCCUUCCUGGAGCUGCAGCCAAUCCUGGCCCCCAACAGUGGCAGCUGCGGGGGCUCCUCCCAUUUCACGCAUGCCUUCAACUCAUUCUCCCAUCAUGCUCCGGUUUAUGGGCAGUUCACCAGCCAGCCAAUCAUAACAGGGCGGGACAUGGUGAGCUCCACCCUCCCAGGGUAUCCGCCACACAUCCCCUCUAGUGGCCAGACGGGGUACUCCUCCGCUGCCAUCACCGGCAUGGUGACAGGAGCGGAUUACUCUGGCCAGGCCUACACACCAUACAGUGAAGCUUGGAGGUUUAGCAACUCCAGUAUCCUGGGCUCACCCUAUUACUACAACUCGGCCUCACGGACCGCUCCUUCCUCAGCUUCGGCCUACGAUCAUCUCUAGUGGCCGCGGAGCCGCCCCUCCCACGGGGGUAACCCUGGACAUGUCCUGCUAGCGGGAGAGACGCGGAGCGAGUGUGAAACACGGAGGAGAGACACACACAAGCCUGGCCCUGCUCAUCCACCA